GGGGAGGGAUUAAAAAUCGGUCGGAGGCACCUGAUUUCGUAUUACUAGUGUGGUCCACCUAACCUAGUGCCCAGAUUUCUCACACGCUUGCCUGUUUGACACGUGUUCUGUGCGUCAAGGUGCGUGUGGGGCUUGCUAACCUCAAAACCCCAUCCCCAAAAUCCCUGCUUGCCGAACCAAAUCUCUCUCUCUCUCUGGGAAUUCCCCGUUCUUCUUUCUCACAAACCCAAAACUAGGGUUUUACGUUUUCCAGAAUCCUUUGAUCUUACAACCGAUCACACAACAAUUAAUUCUACUCUGCGGAGCGGAAUCUCAGCCAUCGAUUUGGUCUCUCAACGAUGCCAGACACGCAUGCUCUCGUUAAUGAGUUCGUCGCCAAGCUCAAGAAACGCAAGAUCGAGGGAUCACAUGCGACAGCUAGACACACGGCCGUUCUGCUUCGAUCGGUGAUCUCUCAGCAGAGAGUUCCGCAUACAAACCAGGCUUCGGCUCUGAUAGAGGCUGUAAAGGCAGUAGGAGAGCAGCUAAUUGCUGCGAACCCUGUUGAACUCGCUGUUGGGAACAUUGUGAGGCGUGUCUUGCAUAUAAUUAGAGAGGAAGAUCUUUCUUUAGCAACAACUGCUAUUGGGGGCUUAAAUUUAUCUGCUGGAAGUGAUGAUGAAGAUGAUGCUGAUAGAGAUGACCAGCCAGUGCUAUCUGCAGCAGCUGUAGCUGCUGCUUCCAGAAGCACUUUGCGUGCACCAUCGUUGCAGACCCUUCUUGAGGAUAUACCUGACUCGGCAGCUGAUCCUCACACUUCUUCUUCAGGUGGCGACUCUGAAGGAAAAAGCAAAUCGGGUGACAGGAACUCAAGGACCCGGAAACUAAAGCAUGAUGUUAUUGAAGCUAUCAAUGAACUGAUACAAGACAUUGAUACUUGCCAUGAACAGAUUGCUGAACAAGCAGUGGAGCACAUUCAUCAGAAUGAGGUAAUAUUAACAUUGGGCCGUUCAAGAACAGUGAUGGAGUUCCUUUGUGCAGCAAAGGAGAAAAAACGAUCUUUUCGGGUAUUCGUUGCUGAGGGUGCUCCAAGGUACCAGGGGCACGUACUUGCUAAAGAGUUGGUCACAAAAGGUUUACAAACCACGGUUAUUACUGAUUCAGCAGUUUUUGCGAUGAUUUCUCGAGUAAACAUGGUGAUUGUUGGAGCUCAUGCAAUUAUGGCUAAUGGUGGGGUGAUAGCACCUGUUGGGUUGAAUAUGGUUGCGCUUGCAGCUCAAAGGCAUGCUGUCCCAUUUGUUGUGGUUGCUGGUAGUCAUAAGUUGUGCCCCUUGUAUCCACACAAUCCAGAGGUUUUGCUAAAUGAUCUUAAAUCCCCAUCUGAACUGCUGGAUUUUGGGGAGUUCUCGGAUUGCAUGGAUUUUGGAUGUGGCAGUGGUGCUCCUCUUCUUCAUGUUGUCAAUCCUUCAUUUGAUUAUGUGCCACCAAAGCUUGUUAGCCUCUUCAUCACUGACACGGGAGGGCAUAACCCAUCGUAUAUGUAUCGGCUCAUUGCGGACUAUUACUCUGCUGAUGAUCUUGUUGUGCAGCAGAGAUCUUCUGAAAAAUGAAUUUAGUACACCCAGAUCCAGUAUACGUUGAGUGCAGCCCGUGGCCAAAUAUUGUUGGAGUGGAGAGGUUUUUUUUUUUUUUUUUGGAAGAUGAGGAGAGUGUAGAGUGUAGAGGCUGAAGACGAGCCAAGACUUGUGAGCUUAUGCUAAAGAAGUGAAGGGAAAAGUUGCCUUGGGCUGGAAAAGGGGGGAAAAAGAGAAGCCAGUAAAAGAGAGUAAUUGCACGUGGAUGAAAGCACAGCGUUGCAUCAUUUUAGAAACUUAGUUGGUUUCUGUAGUUGAAUGUCGUCACUUGGGUGAGAAAAUUUGAAAACUGAAUCUGCCCAUGUUUACUUCUUAUCUGUAACCUUCCGUUGUGAAUGAAGUGAUUGAAUAUUGAGUUUUGGGGAAAAGGAAAUGGGGAUUGUAUAUGCUAACAUUAUUCCAUGAAGAAUGCAAUACUGUUUUUUUGUUCCA